UAAACCUAUAACUGGAGAAGUUAACACUUAUUUUUUGUCCGAUCCAGAAAAGUUAAAACUUUGGUUGAUGAUAUUUCAUGUACUGCUUUAAAUUUGGAUGACAUUUUAAUGUUUGUAUUUGGAUGACAUUUUUAUUAGAGGAACAAUCCACACACACAGAGUAAAAUCAUGACGGAGCCAUCAGAAUCGUUCAAGCCAUAUACUCUGUCACAAACCCUAACCGGUCACAAGCGCGCCAUCUCUGCCGUCAAGUUCUCCUCCAAUGGCCGUCUCCUGGCAUCGUCGUCGGCGGACAAGACCCUCCGCACUUACGCCUUCACCAACUCAGACUCUGAUUCUGGCAGCCGCACUUUGUCGCCGAUGCAGGAGUACGAGGGCCAUGAGCAGGGCGUCUCCGAUCUGGCCUUCUCCUCAGACUCUCGAUUCUUGGUCUCCGCCUCCGACGACAAGACCCUCCGCCUCUGGGACGUACCCACCGGCUCCCUCAUCAAAACCCUCCAUGGCCACACCAACUACGUCUUCUGUGUUAACUUCAACCCCCAAUCAAACAUCAUUGUUUCUGGUUCCUUCGAUGAGACCGUUAGGGUUUGGGAUGUUAAGUCUGGUAAGUGUCUUAAGGUCCUUCCAGCACAUUCUGACCCUGUCACUGCCGUCGAUUUCAACCGCGACGGUUCUCUUAUUGUUUCUAGUAGCUACGAUGGGCUCUGUAGGAUUUGGGAUGCUUCCACUGGCCACUGUAUGAAGACUCUCAUUGACGAUGAGAACCCUCCUGUUUCCUUUGUCAAGUUCUCGCCUAAUGGCAAGUUCAUCCUCGUUGGCACUUUGGACAACACUCUGAGGCUUUGGAACUAUUCUACUGGCAAGUUUCUGAAGUCAUACACUGGUCAUGUUAACUCAAAAUAUUGCCUUUCAUCCACAUUUUCUAUAACAAAUGGGAAGUAUGUUGUUGGUGGUUCAGAAGAUAAUUGUAUAUACUUGUGGGAACUGCAGACAAGGAAAAUAGUGCAGAAAUUGGAAGGCCAUUCUGAUACUGUUGUAUCCGUCUCGUGUCACCCGAUGGAGAACAUGAUCGCUUCCGGUGCUCUUGGCAAUGACAAAACUGUGAAGAUCUGGACCCAACAGAAAGACUAAUCUUGUGAUGAGGACUGCGGGCUAAUCGUUCACUGGAUUAGUGAAAGUUGAGUUUAGGAGAAAGUGACUUGUGAUGAAACCCUUAGAUCAUGUUGUAGUUGAGGAACUUGGUCAUUUUUGCAGUUGAGUUCACUACUGUAUUAAAGAAUGAUUUCAUUUCAAGUUUCAAUCAUCUUAUUGUCGGGGAAGUCACUCUUUAAUUUAAGGAUUAUUUGGAUGGUAGGUGCAUGUAGUUUGGGUGUAUCUGUAAUUUUCUUGUUUGGUAAAUAUGGAAGUUGGGUCUUAAGAUAAGGUUCAGAUGUAGAUAGGCAAAACCCCUAUAUCUACCCUAAUGGAUUAAUCCCACGGCAUUAGCCACUAUUAAGUAUUAAAGUUCUUGCAACUUGCU